CAUAUAUAUAAUGUGUUUUGGACGUGCUCAGUCAGUUGAGUUAUAAACUUCAGUGAAGAUAAACCCUAUACCCUACUGCAGUAAUAUUUUAUUUUGAUCUUUGUUGGAGAAUGGAAAUUGUUUUCUAUAUCGCCUUGAGCGUUUUCAUUGUACUUCCCAUCAACAGUCUACCAGUUUCAAAAGAGAGCGAUGGUAUUUGGGAACCCAAUGAAGUACUCAUCCUGCACUUGAACGAUAUCAUUGAUGAGGAAUCGUUUGCUCAUAUUAUCAAAAAACGAGAAAUUUCACAAGACGGGGCAAAACUUAAUGAACUGGAGAGCUCGAAUGCUUCAGAAGAUGUUGGAGAUGCCGUUGAGAGUUUAGAAGGAGCAGAAACUAGGAAUUACAGACCUUAUUUCCGAUUCCGCAAAACCUAUAAGACUAGAUAUAGUAGGCCACAAUAUCCUCUAUCAAAUUAUGCGAAUGAUAGAGACAGAUUCCCAACGACUUUUUAAAUGGAUACGCUAACAUAUUUGUCAUUUGAUAAGAGAUAUUAAGUGAAAUUAGGUGUUCAUGUAUCAAAAUCUCCAUUUUUUAGGAAUUGUCGAAAAAUGUACUGAUUAGUUUAGGAAACGAAACGAUGACGAAAAUAAUGUGUAUGUAUAUAUUAUUCUAGUCAUUUAUAAAUAGGUACUGAUGAUUCCUUAAAAAAAUAUCACUUUUGUAGAGUUAUAAGUUGAAUAUUUAUUGAAAAAUUAAGAAGAGAUAGAAAGCAAUAUUAUAUCGAUUUCAAUCAUCGUGUAUUUGGUAAUUUUCCAGUGUCCCACUAUUUAUUUACACAAUAAAUUGUUAUCAUUGCUCAU